CCGAGGUGUCUGUGUUCCUGACAAACAUGUCUGUGAUUAGCGUGCUCCUAGCACACACCUCCAUGGUGUCUCUGGCUUUAGUUUUAACUGGUUUUAUAUUUUUAUACUUUUACUGGAAAUCCUCCAAGUCGUCUAAUUACAGCUUCCCCCCCGGCCCGCCGGCUCUACCUGUUAUUGGGAACCUGAACAUUCUGGACCUGCACCGGCCGUACAAAACGCUGAGUAAGCUCUCAGAGACGUACGGCAAUGUGUUCACCUUCCACAUGGGUCCCAAGAAGUAUGUGGUUUUGACAGGCUAUGAGGCGGUCAAGGAGGCUCUAGUAACCCAAGCAGACGACUUCUCAGGGAGAGGCCAGAUGCACACCACAGAUCAUUUCUCUAAAGGCGGGAAUGGUAUUAUCUUCGGUAAGGGGGAGUCCUGGAGGGUGAUGCGUCGAUUCACCCUCUCCAUUCUGCGGGACUUUGGGAUGGGGAAGAAGACCAUUGAGGACCGGAUCAUUGAGGAGUCCCAGAAACUUGUGGAGGUCUUCCAGUCCCACAAAGGAAAAGCCUUUGACCCCCAAAUCAUCAUCAACUCUGCUGUCUCCAACAUCAUCUGCUCCAUCGUGUUCGGAGACCGCUUCGACUACAACGAUCCACAGUUUCUAAAUCUGCAAAGAAUUCUGAAUGAAAACCUCAAGCUGAUUGUGAGCCCCAAGACACAGCUGUGUGACAUGUUUCCUUUCCUGGGCUUCUUCCUGUCUGAUCACAAGAAGGCAAAUGCAAACAGCACAUUGUUUCAGGGGUACUUUAGAAACACAUAUAAGGAUCUUAAAGACACUGUGGACAGCAAUGACCUGAGGAGCUUCAUCGACACGUUCAUCUCCAGGCAGAGAGAAGAGGAGGCCAGAAACUCCAAAUAUUUCCACGAGGAUAACAUGGCAGUCACAGCGUCGGAGCUGUUCGCUGCAGGGACUGAGACCACCUCUACCACCCUGCUCUGGGGGCUGCUGCUCAUGAUGAAGUACCCGCACAUUCAGGAAAAAGUCCAGGAGGAGAUUGAGAGUGUGAUUGGGAGGGAGCGCCCCCCGCGGGCCGAGGACAGGAAGAGCAUGCCCUACAUGGAUGCAGUGCUGCACGAGAUUCAGAGAGUGGGCAAUGUGGUGCCCAUGAACCUACUGCACGAGACCACCGGGGACACCACCUUCCGGGGGUACAGGAUACCCAAGGGUACCCUGGUGAUCCCGCUGCUCUCCUCCGUGCUCUCUGAUAAGACACAGUGGGAGACCCCUCACCAGUUCAACCCCAACCACUUCCUGGACGCACAGGGCAAGUUUGUCAAGAGAGACGCCUUCAUGCCUUUCUCAGCAGGUCGGAGGGUGUGUCUUGGAGAGACCCUUGCCAAGAUGGAGCUCUUCCUCUUCUUCACCAUGCUCCUGCAGAAGUUUCACUUCCGCCUGCCCCAGGAGGUCAGCCCUGAGCAACUGGACCUCACCCCCACCCCUGGAAUCACCUCCAGCCCCCAGCCAUUCCAACUGUGCGCCCUGAGCCACUGAGACCCUGUGACACUGCAACCCUGCCUUACUGCAUCUGCUAGACCUUACUACAGCCACUGACCCCUCACACUGGACCCUUCAGCUACUGAACUGCCAGGAUUCUAUCACACUGAGACCCUGUGAUACUGCGACCCUGCCUUACUGCAUCUGCUAGACCUUACUACAGCCACUGACCCCUCACACUGGACCCUUCAGCCACUGAACUGCCAGGAUUCUAUCACACUGAGACCCUGUGAUACUGCGACCCUGCCUUACUGCAUCUGCUAGACCUUACUACAGCCACUGAAUUUCUGACUGAUAUUCACAGUUACUCUGCUUGUAUAUUCAUAUUCUUUAAUCUGGUUAUUUCUUAGUUUUUAUACAAUGACAAAUUCUAGACAACUGAGGAAUGCUUGCUUUUACAUGUAAUUGAUAUUUACACUGAAGCUGAGAUAUUAUCUUAAUGCUAUGCUUGCUGAGAUUAUUAUACUGACUUGUGCUGUAUUGAUACUCAUUUUCUUUUCUGUUUUUUUUCCGUAUAAUUUUCCUUUCUGAUAGAAUUCAUUAAAGAGAUAACGGUGCUGCGUGUUAUUUUCUGUGAUCUUGAGCUCGGCUGGGCGAUGUGUUGUAACUAAGAGUGCUCAUUAAAGUAAAACCAUUACCCAUGUUAAUGAAUUACCUUUAUUAGGUAUUUCAACACGUAUUCUCUCUACAAUAUCACCUGGUUAUUAUCCCUCUCUCAUACAAAUAAUCUCUGUCAGUGAUGUCCACGCCACUUCUUAUUAUCACUUUGGAAAAUAAUGGUAUAAGAUUAGAGAGUUUGCUUGUAACUAAGUUGCUGUACAGCAUUGAAUUGUUCUGACAAUCGACCCCAUACAAAAUUAGAUCAACUAUAUUUUGGCACGUGAAGCUUGCACUAAAGGAGUCAAAAUGCA